ACCGGAGGCGCGAAAGCUCACAACAUCACGUGACCGGAGCUCUUCCGUCGACAUGGCGACCAGUCGGAGACCGUAGCCGAGUACCGAGCAGCCUCCUGCGGUACCGAGCAGCACCGGGCCGCUAUCUCCGGGUCACUAGACCACCGUGGUGUUGUCGGCUGUUUCUCUCUGUGUUGGAGCUCUGAAGCUGCAGGAUGCCAGGGAAAACCGGUGACCAGUUCAAAGCAGGAGACCUGGUGUUCGCCAAGAUGAGGGGCUUCCCUCACUGGCCCGCCAGGGUCUGUAAGUCUGAUAAGGGGUACAAGAGGAAAGUCCCCGUCUAUUUCUUCGGGACUCAUCAGAUAGGAAACCUCCUCCCAGAGAACGUGGUUCCGUACGUGGGGAACAAGCUGAAGUACGGCAGCGGAGUCCGCAUGAAAGGCUUCGAUGAGGGCAUGUGGGAGAUCCAGAACACGCCCGGGGUCGGGAGUAAACUCAAGCCAACGACACCUGCUAAACCGACUUCUGCACCUAAAACAACUACACCUGCUAAACCGACUUCUGCACCUAAAACCAUGAAUGAAAACCUAAGAAGUCCCUCCAGUAGAUCUGCUCCUCCAAAGCCCGACAGUAAACCUGCUGCUGUCAGAAAUACUCCGAGCAGAACUUCCAGCCGGAUUGAAACCGCUGCUGAGGUUUUAACUCCCACCAGGGCUUCGUUAAGAUCCGCUCCAGAGAAACCGACGGACUCCAAACAGACUUCUGAACCUCCUCCAGCUGCUGCAGAGACUCCUGUGACCACGAGGAGCAGGAGAUCAGCUGCAGGAGGGAGCAGUGAAAGCACAGUUGAAGAGAAGAAGAAGGAGGAGUCCCAGGUACGUUGGAAAACCAAUUCCUGUCGCGUCCUGGUUCAUAACAUCCUCCCGAGGAACACUCAGCUCAGUGAAUUUCCCCGCCAUCUCCAGGAACUGCGCCUGGACGUUCCGACAUCGGUCGAUGCUGAGCAGCACAAGAGGAGAACACCUGAGAGUCCUGCCGUCUCCUCCCCAGUCAGCAAGAAACCGAAGACCACAGAACCAACUUCUCCUCCGACAAGAAGGAGCACGAGAGGAAGGAGAGACCAGGAGGAGGAGAAGAAGACUGAGGAGGAGGAGGAGAAGAAGACUGAGGAGGAGGAGAAGAAGUCAACGGAGAGGCCAACAGGCACGAGGAGGAGCGAAAGAAACAAGCAGGAGGAGAAGAAAACCACCGGAAAUGACAAAGAAGGAAAGAACGAAGAGACAUCAGAGAGUCAAGGGACAAAAAGAAAGAAGGCAGGAGAGCAGAGAGAGGAGGAGGAGGAGGAGAGACCGAAGAAAACACGGCAGGACGAAGAGGUGGAAGGAAAGAAAGAAGUGUCCGCAGAGGGCCGAGGGAUGAGGACGAGGAGAUCAGAGAGAGGAGAACAGAAGGAGGAGGACGAGAAGAAAACGAAACAAGACGACAGCGAGGAAAAGAAACAGAUGAUGGUGAAAGUGACGAGGUUAUCAGAGAGCAGAGGAACAUCGAGAACCACCGAAGAAGAAGAUAGACGGAGGAGGACGAGGCAGGGCGGAGGUCUGGAGGGAGAGAAGGAGGAGAAAAUGGAUGAAAAUAAGUCAAGAGACAAGAAGGACGAAGAGAAGAAUCAGGGUGGCGGCGAAGGAAAGAAAGAAGCAACGAGAACAUCAGAAAGACAAACGAGAAGAAAGGAAGAAGAGGAGAAACAGAGGAGAACGAACCGGGAUGAAGAGGUGGAACGAAAGAGCGAAGAGACGACAAGAACAGAAGGGAUGAAGACGAGGAGAGCGGAGAAAGACGAACAGAAGGAGGAGGAGACGAGGAGAGAAACGAGGUCGGAAAGCGAGGGAAGGAGAAGAACGAGAGAAAGGGAGGACAGGGGGAAGGCGACGGAGAAAAGAGAAGAGGAGGGCCGAGGGACAAAAAGAAGGAGAGAGGUGGAGAAGGAGGAAGAAGAGGUGAAGAAGAAGAAGGUGGCGGAGGAGGAGAAAAGCGGAGAGAGCGAAGGGAGGAAGACGAGGAGGUCGGAGAAGGAGGAACAGAAGAAGAAAACGAAAGAUGUUGUAGAGGAAGGAAAGAAGAUGACGGAGGAAGAGAAGGAGGGAAGUCCGGAGAACGUCGAGCGACAGCGCCGCCUGGCUGACAAGAGGGAGAGCGUGUUGAAGUCUUUAAGAGGUCUGCUGAAGGACGGGACGAUGAAGAGCUCGCCCAGGAAAACCGGAGACGAAAAGAAGAAUGUUGAGGCCAAAAACACCAGAAGUCAUAAGACGAUUGUCGAAAAGGAGGUGAAACAGAAAGGAAGUGCCGAUAAGGACGAGGGGAAGACGUCAAGCUCGAAGACCACAACAGACAAGACGAAAGAGGUAACGAAGGAUGAACAGAAGACAAAAGAAACAGAGAAGAAAGAAGACAACAUGAAGGCAGAUGGAAAGAAAGACGAGGAGGUAAAGGAGAAGAAAGACGAGAGGAAAAUCAUCGGAAAGAUUGUGAAAGCAACUCCCGGUCAAGGGCCAAAGGUUCAGGUGAAGACGAUUAUGGGAGGCGUGAUGACCACGGCGGCGAUGGCUGCAGCGGAGGACGAGAAGAAGAAGAAACUGGAGAAGAUGAGCAGAGAAGAAAAGGUAGAAGAAGAGAAAAGAAGCUCCGGGAAGGUGAUCGAGAAGAGAGGGAGCGCCGAAGAGAAAAAGGUGGCAAAAAGUGCAGAGGUGGAGAGGAAGUCCAAAGACAAAAGGGCAGAGAGCGACAAAAAGGAAAAUGAGACGACGAAGAGCGAGGAGAAGCAAAAAGCCCAGAAAUCUAAGGACAGAAAAAGUGAAAGCGAAGUGGAAAAAGGUGCAGAAGUGGAGAGGAGGUCUGAAAGGACGAGAGCAGCGACGGAGGGGGAGAAGGACAAAAUGGGAAAAGCAGAUAAUGAGAUGAAGAAAACAAAUGAAGCGAAGCAAGAAGCGCAGAACGCACCUGAAAAACUUCAGGAGAAGAAGAAACCUGAGGUGGGAAAAGGUGUAGAAGUGGAAAGGAGGUCUGAAAGAACAAGAGCAGCAACGGAGGUAGAGAAGGGCAUAACUGAUGAGACAAUGCUGAAGAACAACGAAGAGAAGCAAAAAGCGCAGAACGCACCUGCAAAAUUGCAAGAAAAAAAGAAAACUGAGGUGGAAAAAGGGGCAGAAGUGGAGAGGAUUUCUGAAAGAACGAGAGCAUCGAUAGAGGCAGAGAAGGACAAAAAGGGCAAAAUACAUAAUGAGACACCGCUGAAAAACAAUGAAGAGAAGCAAAAAGCGCAGAACGCACCUGCCAAAUUGCAAGAAAAAAAGAAAACUGAGGUGGAAAAAGGCGCAGAAGUGGAGAGGAGGUCUGAAAGAACAAGAGCAGCAACGGAGGUAGAGAAGGGCAAAACUGAUGAGACAAUGCUGAAAAACAACGAAGAGAAGCAAAAGGCGCAGAAUGCAUCUUCAAAAUUGCAAGAAAAGAAGAAAACGGAGGUGGAAAAAGGCGCAGAAUCUUCUAAAUUGCAAGAAAAGAAGAAAACUGAGGUGGAAAAAGGCGCAGAAGUGGAGAGGAGGUCUGAAAGAACAAGAGCAGCAACGGAGGUAGAGAAGGGCAAAACUGAUGAGACAAUGCUGAAAAACAACGAAGAGAAGCAAAAGGCGCAGAAUGCAUCUUCAAAAUUGCAAGAAAAGAAGAAAACGGAGGUGGAAAAAGGCGCAGAAUCUUCUAAAUUGCAAGAAAAGAAGAAAACUGAGGUGGAAAAAGGCGCAGAAGUGGAGAGGAGGUCUGAAAGAACAAGAGCAGCAACGGAGGUAGAGAAGGGCAAAACUGAUGAGACAAUGCUGAAAAACAACGAAGAGAAGCAAAAAGCGCAGAACGCAACUGCAAAAUUGCAAGAAGAGAAGAAAACUGAGGUGGAAAAAGGUGCAGAAGUGGAGAGGAGGUCUGAAAGAACAAGAGCAGCAACAGAGGUAGAGAAGGACAAAAAGGGCAAAACUGAUAAUGAGACACCGCUGGAAAACAACGAAGAGAAGCAAAAAGCGCAGAACGCACCUGCAAAACUGCAAGAAAAGAAGAAAACUGAGGUGGAAAAAGGUACAGAGGUGGAAAAAGGUGCAGAAGUGGAGAGGAGGUCUGAAAGAACGAGAGCAGCAACGGAGGUAGAGAAGGGCAAAACUGAUGAGACAAUGCUGAAAAACAACGAAGAGAAGCAAAAAGCGCAGAACGCACCUGCAAAACUGCAAGAAAAGAAGAAAACGGAGGUGGAAAAAGGUGCAGAAGUGGAGCGGAGGUCUGAAAGAACGAGAGCAUCGGUAGAGGCAGAGGACAAAAAAAGCAAAACUGAUAAUGAAACACCACUGAAAAACAAUGAAGAGAAGCAAAAAGCGCAGAACGCACCUGCAAAACUGCAAGAAAAGAAGAAAACCGAGGUUGAAAAAGGUGCAGAAGUGGAGAGGAGGUCUGAAAGAACAAGAGCAGCAACGGAGGUAGAGAAGGGCAAAACUGAUGAGACAAUGCUGAAAAACAACGAAGAGAAGCAAAAGGCGCAGAACGCACCUUCAAAAUUGCAAGAAAAGAAGAAAACGGAGGUGGAAAAAGGUGCAGAAUCUUCUAAAUUGCAAGAAAAGAAGAAAACUGAGGUAGAAAAAGGCGCAGAAGUGGAGAGGAGGUCUGAAAGAACAAGAGCAGCAACGGAGGUAGAGAAGGGCAAAACUGAUGAGACAAUGCUGAAAAACAACGAAGAGAAGCAAAAAGCGCAGAACGCACCUUCAAAAUUGCAAGAAGAGAAGAAAACUGAGGUGGAAAAAGGUGCAGAAGUGGAGAGGAGGUCUGAAAGAACGCGAGCAGCGACAGAAGACAAAAGGACGGAAGGAGAGAAGGACAAAAAGGGCAAAGCAGAAAAUGAAACACUAAAAAACAGCGAAGAGAAGCAAAAAGCGCAGAAAUCAUCAGAGAAGAAGAAUGAAAGUGUCGCGGAAAAGAGCGAGGUCGUAGAGAGGAAGUCUGAGAGAACAAAGGCAGCGGCAAACAACAAAGUGACGGAGGAAAAUGAGACUGCACAGAAAGAGAAGGAAGAGAAGCAAAGAGCUCAAAAAUUGACAGCGAAAUCGCAAGAGAAGACGAAUGAAAGUGAGGUGAAAAAAAGUGUGGCGGUGGAGAGGAGAUCCGAAAGAACGAGAGCAGCGACAGAAGACAAAAAGACGGAGGGAGAUGAGGAAAAAAAGGGCAAAACGGAGAAUGAGGCAACGCUAAGAAAGGACGAAGAGAAGCAAAAAGCACAGAAACCGGCCCUGAAAUCGCAAGAGAAGAAGACUGAAAGUGAGCCGGAAAAAAGUGUGGCGGUGGAGAGGAGAUCUGAAAGAACGAGAGCAGCAGAAGACAAAAAAGACAAGAACCGAGUGGAGCCGAAGGACACCAAAAAGAGCAAAACGGAGAAUGAGAUGAACGAAGAGAAGCAAAAAGCGCAGAAAUUGACUGUUAAACUGCAAGAGAAGAAGAACGGAGGUGAACGAAGUGAGGCAGAUCCACCGAAGAAGACGAGAGAGAAACCCGACGGAGAAUCGCAGGAGGAAUGCGAUGGAAACGACGCUGCAGAAGAGAAGAAGAACCCCGGCACCGAAGAGACAAAACCACAGAAGAAGAAAAGUGACAAAACAACGACAGGAGGAACAGAAGAAGAAACGAAGAGCGGCUCGGUGGGCGGAGCAAAGGAGGCGCAGAAGAAGAGUCUGACCAUGACGCUGACGGACUCGACGCUCCACAGGAUCCACGGAGAUAUCCGCAUCUCUCUGAAGACGGACAACCCCGACAUCAGUAAGUGUCUGCUGGCGUUGGAUCAGCUCAGUAUGGUUUAUGUGACGUCCAAACACGUUCAGAGACACAGCGAGCUCGUCGUCACGCUCAGAAAGCUGCGGUGUUACCGUGCCAACCAGGCCAUCAUGGACAAGGCCUCCAUGCUCUACAACCGCUUCAAGAACACCUACCUGGUGGGGGAGGGCGAGGAGGUGGUGAGCGCCACCUUCCUGCGCUCGCUGCUGGAGGAGAAGGAGAAGGAGGAGGCGCAUCGGGCGGCACGCUGCGGGGAGCGCCUCCGCCGAGACGACGUGCUGCAGGAGGUGAAGAGACGCAUCGGACAGGUGGAGGAGAGGAGGAGGACGGACGGAGAGAAGGAGAGGGAGGAGGAGCAGAGGGAGGAAACACAAGCUGCAAUGGACUGUCCCUAAAAGCUGCCUGGACUGAACCAACUCUAAUCUGUGGGGGGGUUGGACCACAAUCCCCCCCUCCUCCACACACACACACACACACACACACACACACACACACACUUGUAUUUUACGUGUACAGCUCUUAAAUAUUUAUUUCCUGUUAUAUAAAAGUGUUAUUAGAUGUGAUAAACAGUGUUUUGCAGGUACAGUUAAAGAACCACAGCAGUGUUUUUCUCUUCCACUAAUUUAUUACGUUGCAGUAACCGGAGCAUUAAUUACACAAUCAGUUCCUUAAAAUGAUCGGUAAAUAUCCGUAACAUUGUUUUCUAUAUAAUUUCAGUAUACUGUACCUUUAAGAAGCCGCUUCCAUCCACCUACCUCUGUAACUGUUGUAAAGGGUUUGUUUCAUAAGGAUCUAUAGAAUCUCCUCUGGUGUUUAUUUUUUAUUUUUAAUCACUAAAUGGUCUGAAAAUAAAAGCUGACAAGUGUAAUUAAAAUUUAAAAACCUUCAGCAUGUUUGUUCAGGGAGGGCAGGACGUGACACUUUUAUUUUUACAUUUUUAAAAAUCUUUUUGUAUUUUAUUUUUUACAUUUUAAUGUCCAUUAAACAUUUGCAGCUGCUCUAAAGUUGAAGUUGAAGCAUUAAAGAGAAGAGUUUUUUAUAAAAGUUUUUACAGCGACAUAUUUUAUUCUGUGCUUUAUUGUGACGCAGUGAGAUGUUUUUGUUUUUGUUUUUUAAUUGUUUUUAUUUUGUGCACUGGAUGCAGAUGUUUCUGACGUGCCUCUCUCUCUCUGUUGUAUAAAUAUAAUUUUUACAGUUUUACAAACCUGA